CCCGACCGGAAAAAGCAAAAAAUCGCAAGGGCAUUUCAAACACCGAACGAAUCCCUCUCCACGGAUCAAAUCAAACGCUAGGGUUUCCACCUUUCCCCAUGGCCGCCGCCGCCUCCGCCGAGGCCACCGCCAUCGCGCGGCGCCUGGCCUCCUGCAACGCCGGCGCCCGGGAGCGCGCGGUCCGGUACCUCCUCUCCGACUUCCUGCCCGCCUACGCGCCGCGCCUCUCCGCCUCCGACCUCCUCAAGCUCUGGAAGGGUAUCUUCUUCUGCUUCUGGCACGCCGACAAGCCGCCCUACCAGUCUUCCGUCGCCACGCGCCUCGCCUCCGCCGUCUCGGCCGCGCCCUCACCCGACGCUGGCGCCGCCUUCCUCGCCGCAUACCUCUCCACCCUCCGCCGGGAGUGGGCCCACAUCGACGUCCACCGCCUCGACAAGUUCUACCUCCUCAACCGCCGGUUCCUCCACCACACCUUCCUCCUCCUCAGCGCCAACUCUUUCGCCCCCGACAUCACCUCCCAGAUCAUAUCCAUCCUAUCAGAUAAUGCGCUGCUCCCGGAAGCCGACAACGUCGCCGCCGGCUCCUCCCGAGGCCUAGGGUACCAUGUCGCCGAGGCGUUUCUUGACGAGCUCUUGCCUGUGCUCCCGGUGAGCUUGCAGACAAUGGGCACACUGUUGGCUCCGUUCUUCACUGUCUUGGAGAAGUCGUCCGAUCGGGUGAUGGUGAAUAAGGUCAAGGCUGGCAUAUUUGAGAGGUUUCUAGAGAGUGGCAAGCAGUUGCUUGAGAUGGUGAAGAAAGGGGAUGCGGCGGAGAAGGGGAGUGCUGAGGAGAAGCUCGGGAAAGUUGGGCUGUUGUUUGGAUUUGGCAAGAGGUUCCUGGAUAUUGGGGCGAAGGCAGAGACGGUGCAAGCGAACCGUAAGGUGGUGUUUGGGUUGAGAGAUGCAUUUGUGAAGGUCGAAAAGGGGUUGCAGCUGUCUGCUCUUGAGAUUCCCAUGACAGAGUUUGAGGCUACUGAGGUGCAAGUGGUGGCGAAUGCGGAUUGUGACAUGGAUUUGGGUGAGGCAAAGGUGGAAAAGAAGAAGAAAAAGGCCAAGAAGGCUGAAUUGGUUGAAGGUGAGAAGGAGCGGGGCAAGGCUCUGAAGCGUGAGAAGAAGGUAAAGAAGGACAAGAAGGAGAAGAAGAAAAAGAAGAAAGUGGAGGUUGCUGAUGGAGGGGAUGUCGUGGAGCAGAGUGUAGAUGCUCUUGCAGAGGACCAGCAGGUAGGUGGUGGUACUGAUGGCAUUACAUUUGACGAGAAAUUAAUGUCCAAUCUUCAGAAGCAGUUUGAGAAGGCUGCCGCAGAAGCUGGGAUGGUCAGUGGAGGCAACAGCUCAAGUGCUUCACCAGCGACGCCGGUCAAUGGGAAAUUGGCAAAAAAGAGGAAGCGGUCAAAAUCUGCAGAUAGGUUGUCCGAAGCUUUAGACGGGGAUGAUGGCAGCGAAGGUAAUGUUCUAACCCAUGACGGAGAGAAGAGUGGUAAGAAAGUGAGGUUCUCGAUGAAGAACAAUAUAGUUUGGAAACCUCACAAUCCUUUGCCACCGCAGUGUUUGAGGCUGCCACCAUCUGCUACUCCAAGAGGAAGUGCACUAAAAAAGGGAGUUCAGCCUGGGCCCAUAAAAGAAACCCCCACGCCAUUGAAGAAGGCUAAGCCAAAAGCAAAAUCUGCGAAGAAGAUCUUGAAGAAGAAACCUUCGUCUGCUGUGAAGCACUUGCGGAAGUUGCAAAGCUUCUCAGCAUGAACUCGUUAAUGUAUGACACCAUGAUGGUCGUACAUUUGUGUCUUUUAAGUUCUGUUUUAUCAUUACAUAAUUCUUGUUCACUUUGUAGGUUAGUCUUAUACUGUGUUGACUUUGCUGCCAUUUAAUAUUUGAUGGAUUGUUUAAUGAUGUGUUUUGUGAUAAAUGCAACCUGAUAAUCUUGUGA